UGGUUGAUCGUUGACUGCGUGUGCAGUGCCGUCCGUGAUCAGUGGAAGCGAAACACAGUAGAAACCCGGUAGAAUCAGUGAUUGUCGUUUCUACAACGCGUCACACGAUCAAACGAUCGUACAGUUUGAUUGCAAAUUGUGCGACGACAACCCCGCGGCUUCCAGCACAGAAGAACAGAAAGAAAGAGUAGCAAAGUGUUCUUUACACGGAUUGUUCGUCGUGUUGGCUGCGAAACGGUAGCAACGGCAGCAGCAGCGGCAGGUGGCAUGCAAAGGCGAGAGAAUAGCCAGUGAAAGGUGCGCUCGACAGUAGAAAGCCGCAACGCUACGCACCGGGCGAUGCAGAGCCGAGUGGUUGGUACGGUCUGUACGGUCCGCAGCUUUAUCUAAACCCUUGGCCUGCCUGCUAACGGCACACGGUACCCGACCGACCGCUCGCCCGUCCGCCCUCUCGCGCAUUCGCUGUGGAGCGGGUUCCAAGAGAAAGCGCGUACAUCGCCGUAGCGCAGAGUUUGUACCACUGGUACACAAUCGUUACGCUUGCAGCACGCCGCAGCCCCGUGUCCGAGUGGCCGAGACCGACCACUUGGCAGAAUGAAACGAGAACUCGUCUUCUGCCCUCCAACUUCCACCAAGUCCGCCAGUAGCCACCGAAAAGCGAACGAUAUGGUCUCAGCAUUGCUCAGGCUGACGCUAGUCGCAACGAUCAUAGCAACCGUCGCUGCCCAAAAACCAGAAGAUGGUCCGUACCGGGGGAAAUACAUUGGGAAAUUCAAUUCGUACCACCAUCAAGCAUCCGGAGAUGUGUACGCGGUCGACGAAUACACGUUCCUGCUCACCGGCUUCAACUACGACGGUAAUGGUGUGGAUACGUUCUUCUGGUCCGGUGCCAGCAACCGACCCGGACCGCAAGGUUUCAUCGUGCCCGACGAGUACGGCAAGACCAACAUCCUCGAACGGUACUUCAACAAAGACUUUACGCUACGGUUGCCAGACAACAAGAAGAUCACCGAAGUCAAGUGGUUAGCGGUGUACGAUCUGAACUCGCAGAACAACUUCGCCGACGUGUACAUCCCGGAGGACUUUGAACCACCGGUACCGCAAAGGGCCGGCAGUCUGUCCACCGUCGCCGGUGGUCCGGUCGUAUCGAGCGAGACGAUCGACAUUCUCGAUUCGAAAACGCUUCGCAUCAGCGAGUUCAGCUACGAUGGUAAAGGUUCGCAGGUCCACUUCUGGGUCGGCGUAGGUCCUUCGCCCUCCUCCAAGGGAAGCAAGGUCCCGGAUGAGCUGGGCUAUCUCGAUCCGAUCCGGGCGUACGAUCGAGAAACGAUCACACUCGAGCUACCGGGCGAUAUGACGAUCUUCGAUAUCGAUUGGUUCAGCGUGUACGAUUUGGAGACACGUCGUGACUAUGGCUCGAUACUCAUCUCGGACGAUCUCAAUGUACCACCGUCGUUGGUGCGCGUCACACCGCACGCGGAAUCGCUGCCCAAUUGCCGUCAACUGCACAAAAACCUGCGCGUCUCGUGGGAAGUGUUUGGUCCGCAAAUCACAAUCCAGCUGGCAGGAAAUGUGCGACUGGACGAGUAUAUGUCGUUCGGUUUGAGUGGAUCGGAUCAGCGCAGCCAGAUGUUGGGUGCCGAUGUAGUGGUAGCGUUCAUCGAUGGACACCGGGGCUUCGCCGUGGAUUAUAACAUCACCUCGCUCGCACCUUGUGUGCAGGUGCUCGGUCAGAAUAAGGGCGUAUGCCGGGAUGAUGUGGUCGGUGGCUUGGAUAGCUACCAGCUGCACACGUUCAGCCGCGAAAACGACAUCAAUACGAUCACCUUCCGCCGGCUUCUUAUAUCGUCCGAUCCGGGAGACAAGGAGUAUCUGCUCGAUCGGCCGAUGUACGUCAUAUGGGCCAUGGGUCGGCUGGAUUCGAACAACGAACCAACGUACCACGAUGUCUACCCGAAACGGAACGUUCAGAUGCACUUCAACACCAGCGAACCGGUGAACGAUUGCUUCAGUUUCACGAGCCGCGAAAUGAACCUGAAGGAUGUGUGGGAACGGCAGCAGAUCUUUGAUCGCUCGGUUCGGUCCUUCACGGCCACACUCGGACCGGCCGGUGGUAAGCGUGGUUACCAGGGCAUCACCGGGCACGUCUCGAAUGGGCUCGCCUGGUACAUCAAUGGAUUUCUGGUGCCGGAACUUUGGUUACGCCGUGGCCUUACCUACUCGUUCGCAGUCCGGGGAGGUAACAAUCCUCACUCGCCCGAAUUCUACCAUCCGCUCGUGAUCACCGAUGAACCGCACGGUGGAUUCGAUCGGUUGUCGGAUGCGAAACAAAGCGAAAUCCGUGUGCUGGCGGGCGUCGAAUUUACGCGCCGGGGUCGACCGAAACCGACGGCGGCCGGGCCGCUCUGUCUGGCACGCCAUCCCGAGGGGCAGGAUCGCCGGUUGGAUGAUAAUUUUGCGACAUUCAAAAAGUUUAACCGUACACUACGGUGGAGCUGCGAUUCCGGUGAUCCGGCACGGUUAGAAAUUACGCCCAACACCAGCUGGCCGGAUGUGGUGUACUACAACAGCUUCACGCACGCCAACAUGGGCUGGAAGAUCCAUAUCGUCGACAGCUAUGCGCAGUCGGCGCGUAGCGACGGCGUUGCUAUGGUAUUGAGUUGCACUUCCACCAGCGCACUGCUGCUACUGAUGGCGAUCGUCAGUAGUUGGCUUUCUGCAGGGUAGACGAUCUGGCCGGGGAGAUGAAAAUAAACGGAGGACAAAA